ACCGAGGAGACCCCCGCGCAGCGCCGAAGGGUGGAAGGAGCGCCACAGCGGCCAAGGUGGACGCUUGUAAGCUCUAUCGAGGAUGUCCUUAAUGUGCGGGGUGGCCGAAUCAAUACAAUUUUGCUGAACGACUUCCUUCGGCAGAACAUUGGCCCCAGCAGAGCGGUGGGUGAAGACCAGAAUGUGGUGAUGGAGGUGUUUGUGCAGCAGCCCGCAGAAUACGUUACAGAGCAGAGGCUUCUUCGAGAAAUUCUCGAUUCACCAGGGUAUCAGCUUUUUGAAGAUGCACGCAUGCUUACGGAGCGCGAGGUGGCCACGCUCCGAGACUGGAAAGAAUUUGGAGAGAAGAAUACGGUUCCCCUUCGUACAAAAGGAAGACUCGAUGCAGCUCUUCAUCAUGUGGAGGAAGAAAGGGCAGCACGGGAGGCAGAAAGAACACAGAGGCUAUUAUACGCGUCUGUGUAUAGUGCACGGUGGAGCCACGUCGUGGAGGCUGUGGACAGCGAAGGGGUGGGAAUGGAGGUGCGUAAGGGCCAACCGCCAACAAUGCCGUGGAAGUUCAAAGCGAAUGGGCUUACGUUUGUACCGGAUGACGCUGCGGAGCAGCUCUCCCUGCCCCGUCCCAGGCUGCUGGUGCUCAGCUCGGACAGUGGGUGGCCGUUCUCGUGGAGGAGGAAAGAGUUUCUACCGGACUGCUACGUCACCGCCGAGGUGGAGCGGGUGUGGGAGUUUGUCAGGGCUGAUCUGAACGAAUUGUUCAGCACCGGCAAUAAAAAGAGAAUUGGGGCGAUGAACCGUGUCCUGAUUGGGACGCCCGGGAUAGGAAAGUCGAUGAAUGCCGGCUCCUACCUCCUCUACCAGCUGCUGCACUACGAUGCCGAGAAGCUUGACACGGUGGUGUACCUCGUUGCGGGUCGGGUGUUUAUUUUUGACAAGAUCACCCAAACGGUAAACAGGUUUGAGGACCAGAAAACUGCCCCGAUAGGUUGGAGAUCAUCAUCUAGCUCUUUAACGAGCGGGUACAUUAUCUGCGAUGGGGAGAAGGAGGCCGAAAUACCAAAUGCCGGCACGUGGGGUAUGAUCGUUGUGUCAUCCCCAUACGAACUGAACUACAAAUCGUGGAAGAAACACGCAGGUGCCAUGACCAUCGUUAUGAAUGGCCCUGACGAGGACGACGUGAGGGCAAUGUGUGCUUGGAGGAAGCGCGAUUGGCCCGCACAGGAGCAGGCGGAGCACUGGGGCAGGGUCAGGGAUUUCAUUGCCCACGUGGGGCCGAUUCCCAGGCUUCUCUUCAGGGGAGACGACUACAAAGCACACUGGGAGGUGGUGGAGAGCGCUCUGGAAUCCUUCAUCCCCUCAACCGAUUUGGGUUUGUUUAGGUGGAACCUGACAUGUAUAUGGUAUGCCGGGCAUCCAGCUCAGCCUCUCGCGAAGGCGGUCCGGCGGGUGGAAGAAUAUGGUAUUGAUUCAUUUUGGAACGUGCCGGUUUCCUUUGUGGUGAAGAGUAAAAUAUUGGCUCAGGUGGCGAAGACCAUGCGAUCGUUUUGCGGCUUCAAGUCUCUGAUGGCAAGACGUGCUGAUGAACUACCGGCAUUUCUGGAGGAGUACGGCGUGUGCGCAUUUAUGUCUUGGGGCUUUGUGAAGAGGAUACACGAUAAGCUGUGUGAGCUGCGGCCCCCAACAGGAGGACGUGAGCCGCGGCCCUGCGUGCUGCACGUGAACCCGCAGCUGCUGCCCACUGACGCGGUUGGGUUGCUUCCGAGGUUGUUUUAUGCUGCGAAGGUGGAGGCAGCGUACCGGGUGCUGUACGUGCCGGGGGUUGAAGACUUUUUGCUUGUGGACGCUUUCUUCUUUGUUGCGGCACCGCGGAGGACGAUGGUUGGGCUGCAGACAACCACAGCAAAGGCACACCACGUCACAAGCAGCACGCUGCGCCAGUUCCACGAGUGUCUGGCGACGCAUUUUGACGAUUGGGAAACUUUUUCCCGGGACAUGUCGUGGGAGAUUGUUUACGUGCGGCAUGCCGAGAGCACGUCACCGGACACGUGGCGGAGAUGUGACGUCACUGAGCACCCGUAUGAGGCCCAGGGCGAGGCGGAGGUGGCGGCGACCGACUUUUGGAAUCGGCAGGUGCGGCAGUACCAGGUGAAGAUAUCCACUGAAGAUGCACAGGCGGCGCGCACCGAAGGAGAAGAAGCCCCUGCUAUUCCCUUACGUGUUCGGUGGUCCAUGACCUUCCCUGGAAGUGAAAUGAGUCUUUGA